AUGUCAUAUCUGAUCGUUGCCCCUGCCUUGAUGCAGGUUCCAUGCCAAGGCGGACAAACAACUCAUACUUUUGAAUGUGUUGGUACGGAUCGCAUUUGUUUUCGUGUUAGACUCAAGAAAAAAUAUUACGAAUUAUAUAAAGUGAAUCCACCAUUGGGUUUCAUUCAACCUGGAGAGAAAAAACAGGUUGUCUUGGAACGUCGGGCAGGUAAGCCUGGUAAAACGUUCUUACUUGUUGAAUACAUCUCAGCACCUAGUGGGUAUGAUCCUCGAAUGCCAUUUGUAGAAGGAGCUGAAGUUGGCAAAGUUAAAAUUUGGGUUAGAGCAUACAAGGAUCAAAAAAUAACCGAUACUGUGCCAAAUUUGCAGGGUCAAAAGGUUACUCGUCGUGGUCAAAAAUUCAAAGCACCUGCAGUAGUUGAUGACGCAAAAAUUGAGCGUGAAAUUUCUGAAUUAUUUUCCAAAAAAGAUGCACCACAGCCUGUAUUUGAUUUGGAUGAUCGCGGUCUUGGUGAUGAAGAUGAUGAUGAUGAUAAAAAGAAAUCAGUAACAGAAGAGAGAGACAAAAAAUUGGAGCGAAAAUUAUCAAAACUUUCAACUCCUCCGAAAUCAGAGAAGAAAAAGAUUGUACUGGAAGAUUCAAACAGUGCAAGCAAUCAAAAAUUUGGCAAUAUUUCGGAAUCAAAUGCAAAAAGAUCGAAGCUUAUAGAUUCAAAUAAUGCUAAAUUGGAUGAGAUUGGAUUAGACACUUGCUAG